UCCUAGAUCCAGUACUGGUUGGAAAUUUUGAGAGCUGAAAUCCAUUGGUGAAGGCUAAAAAAAGCACAGUGACACCCAGUAGCAAUGAAUGAAUAUGUUGUUAAUGACAUUGCUCAGUCUUCAUCCUACUACUUGUCAGCCUUAUCUACAGUUCUAACCUUUAAGGAAACAUAAUUUCUAUCUGCUCUUUCUAUGUAUUUCCCAGACACAACUAACAUUUUGGGAAAGACUGGUUGAAUCAUUUGUGCAGGGAUCAUUUUGAUCCUUCUUUGUAUGUCUCAUCACAAUAUCAUAUAUUUUUAUGGAACUGAACAACCGUCAUCUUUUGCUAAGAAAGUACUAUACAUCUUAGGCCACCAUUUAAUAAACCAUAGAUUUUGCUUCUCCUAUACCACUUCAAAUGUACCAAAAGCAAUUCCAUUUUUUCCUAGAUGGGAAAAAUCUGUCUGAUCCCUAGUGAAUUAAUUCCUCAGAAGUGCCUACCCAGUAACAUGGGAUCUACUGUAGUACAAUAACUAGGAGACCAGGCACUGAAGCUGAAAAUCUAUGGUUCAAAUUGUAUUUCUGUUAUCUCACUAGCUUGCAAACCCUCUCUUAAACCUUAAUCUAUUUGUAGACAAUCUGGGGCCCUCCAGAUAUUUUGGAAAUCAACUUUCAUCCCUCUAACCUAAUGAUGACCAAUAGCAAGAAAUUGGGAGCUACAUCCAAAACGUAAAGAAUGUACCAGGUUGCCUAUAACGAUCACUGAAAUAAUAAGCAUGAAGUGCUUUGAAAACUGAAGUGAUAUAAAUGCUAAGCAUUAAUAUUGUAACAGGUGCCAAAUGGAGCAAUUUCAGAUAUGUUCCAUGUGACCACUGGAAUGCAUAGAUGGGCCUAAAGGCUUUGAUUGCCUACGGAAAAAAUAAAUGCAGCAGACAUUACACAACCCUAACACAAGAGGUUGGGCUGGAAACCAAUUCAUCAUUCCCAUUUACCCAAGGCUGUUAGUAUUCCAUGCAGAUUUGGUGGAAAAAAUAAUUGAGAAUUUCAAGCUUUGUGUGGCUUCUGAAUUUUCACACAGUCUUUCUCGUUCUCAUGAUUACACAUAAUGGGAUGUGGACCUCACCCAAGGUCUACGCAAGGGAAAAGCUUCCAAAGGCAGAAAUGCUGUGUCUUGUAGGGCAUCCCUCCCUCUGUCUCUAGGCAUAUUUUUUUAUCCAUGGCUCCCUAAUGUUCACAUAGCCAAAAUUAUUCUUGAUUACAUCCUGGAUCCAGAACAAAGAAAAUGUAUUACAAAAUAUUUGAAGAUAUCUAGGUAAGACGGGUUGCCUCCAUCUGCCAUCAAAAUGGCCAUUGGUAACCGAAGGCCUUUCCCUCUCUCUGGCCAGGGAUCUGGGGGACAUGCAUGGGUGGGGAGAGGGAAAGCUAUGCAGUAACAAUUUCAAAAAUGCUUCUGAGUGCAUUUUAACCAAAUAGGAAUCUGCCCUAGUUGAAGCAGCACAUCCAGCCAGCUAUGUAGAAAUGUGAUUGUCUUUCAUAGUUUGAAAAAGCUGUGUAGAAUUUCUUCUUUGAUCAGACGAGUAAAAGUAAAACAAAAGGGACAAGCCCCCAUAUUUAAGAUUUUGUAAGUUUUCUUGUUGAUCAUUUUUGUCUACUGCAAAAAUAACGUUAACAGCCACUACCAUAUCAGAGAGAGCGUUGACUGGAGACCGUCACAGGUGUGUCAGACGCUGCUGCCUACUUCUUUCAAGCUUGCACACGCAGAAGACUCAGCAGACCUACCAUCUCAUGCAGGAGCUCUUCCGAAUAUUAACUAUGCACCGCUGUUUUGAUGGAGACAAGGACAUCUCCUCGUCUUAAAGAGGGAGGGUUUUUUUUAAAAAUGUAUUUUUAAAUCCCUCAUGCCACUAGAGCGACGCGGCAAAUCAAAUGAUCUCUGCAGAUCAAGCAAGAGUCGCAAGCCGCCUGCAGUUACGCGCCGGCCCCGUUUGCAAACCCUUCAAAGGCAGCCGUUGAACGCGCUGCUUUGCAGCUCCUCCACGGCUCCAGGCGUGCUGCGUUAGCUAGCCAGCGCUUUCUCUUUUCCUUUGCAAAACUGUCAGGCAAAAAUGGCCAGAAAGAUAUUGGCUGCAAGGAACUCGGAGGCUCCUCCCCGAGUCUGGAUCCCGAGAUUUUUGGACGAUUUCUUUUAACUCAGUUGCAAACCCUGGCGAAGGAAACAAGUUCCCGCACUGGCAAGUCGCGGAGCAAUCGCCGCUUCGAGGAACACCCAGCUCUCUGCUCCUCUCGCCUUUCCUAAAAUCUACCUUGGAGGGCAAUGGUUAUCGGGGGCAACUGGCGUGGGCGAUCGGGAAGGGAAAAUGCUGACCCUCUGGAUUUCUGCGCAAAGAAAGCUCAACGAGGUAGAAGACAAUGAGGACAAAAAGGAGAUCUGAAGCAAAGACAUUCUCGCGGACCCUCGCUCUGGUCGUCUGAGGCUUGCUCGGGCUUUGGGGGCUCAAGGAUUUUGGGGGGAGAAGGGGGACGGGAGAAAAGCACCCACGCACAAUUGAUUUCAGCCGGCGUGAACCUUAUCGGAUUUGGAGAUUCCCUAUUGGAUAUACAUUUUCAAGGCAUUCCCCCGCGUGCACAAAGAUCAUCAUGAAUUCGGUGGCUGGGAAUAAAGAGCGAAUUGCGGUCACCACCCGAAACAGGAAAUAUGGGGUGAACGACUCCUGCUCCCCUACCAAAUCCGCGGCGCCCUUCUCGCCGGAAAGCUGGUACAGGAAAGCUUACGAGGAGUCCCGGUCCGGCGGCCGCCCCGCCCCAGAAGGAGCAGGCUCUGUGGUGGGCUCCUCCGGCCCCCCUUCGCCUGGGCCGGGCACCUCCUCUCCCGGCUCCUUCGCCGGCUCUCCCGGCCCCGCUUCCCCGGGGAUCGGCACCAGCUCUCCCGGGUCACUAGGGGGCUCACCCGGCUUCGGCACCGGCGCGCCCGGUUCCGGCAGCGGAGGAGGCUCCUCCCCGGGCUCCGAUCGCGGCGUGUGGUGUGAGAACUGCAACGCCCGCUUGGUGGAGCUGAAGAGACAGGCGCUCAAGCUGCUGAUCCCGGGGCCUUACGGGACCAAG